AUGCCGGGGGAAGAGCUGGAAGAUCUCAAAAAUGAGCUGGAGAAGCGGCAGAGAAAAAAACCCGAGGUUUCCCAGCCGGACACCGCGGCGGAGGAGAAGAACCAGGAGCCGGAUGUGAAAAGCUCCAUCGGCAGGUUUGUGUGGAAAGUGACUUUCCAGCUCCCGGAUGCGGCUCCGGGGCUGGAAGAGCGAGUUUGUCACUUCUCGUGGAGGAGCAGCGCCCUGAAGGAAACCCUGAGGAAGCUCCAAGCCAGCGUCACCCUGGACCCCGACACGGCUCACCCCGACCUCGUCCUGUCCGAGGACGGAAAAAGCGUCUGGCGUGCCGGACCCCGCCAGCUCCCGGAAAACCCCCAGCGCUUUGACUACUGGCCCUUCGUGCUGGGCCACCAGGGUUUCGUGUCCGGUCGCCACUGCUGGGACGUGGACGUGGGCGACGGUGGCGACUGGGCCGUGGGGGUGGCCCGCGAGUCCGUGCGGAGGAAGGGGCGGCUCAGCCUCGGCCCCCAGGGCGGGAUUUGGGGUCUGGAGAAGUGGGGCGGGCAGGUCCGGGCGCUGACCGCCCGCAGGGUGACCCUGGUGGCGCUGAGGUGGCUGCCCCGCAGGGUCAGCGUGCACCUGGACUGCCCUGGGGGCACGGUGGCGUUUUUCGAUGCUGAGGAUGGGGGGCUCCUGUUCGCCUUCUCCCGGGUGUCCUUCGCUGGGGAGAGGGUCCGGCCCUGGCUCUGGGUGGUGGGGGCCAGGUCCCAGCUCCGCCUGUUGCCCCUGAGAAGUGUCCCUGGUGUCCUGUGCCCCUGA